GCGGCAUGGGAGGCGCGCUGCUGCUGGCGCUGCUAGCGGCGGCGCGGGCAAAUGAGACUAACCUCACCACCACCUCAUUUCCUGAUGAGGAGAAAGCUCCUCUUUUUCCCACUGACCUCUUCACCGAAGAGCAGCGACGUUCAGGAGCUGUCAUCUUCCACAUGAUUGGCAUGGGCUAUAUGUUCGUUGCUCUGGCUAUAGUAUGCGACGAGUUUUUCGUGCCAGCGUUAGACGUGAUAAUUGAGAGGCUCGCGAUCCGCGACGAUGUUGCCGGUGCUACGUUCAUGGCAGCCGGAGGCUCCGCGCCUGAACUUUUCACCUCUAUCAUUGGAGUGUUCGUUUCUUUUGACGAUGUCGGAAUCGGGACGAUUGUUGGAUCCGCGGUCUUUAAUAUUCUCUUUGUAAUCGGUGCUUGUGCGCUCUUUUCGCGCACUACACUUACCCUAACUUGGUGGCCGUUGUUCCGCGACUGCACCUUCUAUUCGAUCAGCCUCCUCGUGUUGAUAUACUGUUUCCGUGAUAAUGAAAUCUACUGGCAAGAAGCGUUGGUGCUUUUCUCGUUGUAUGGAGCGUACGUGUUAUUCAUGCGAUGGAACCAGCCGGUGGAGAAGGCGCUGAAGAAGCUGAUAUAUAAGAACAAGGUGACGAGAGUCAGGAGUACAGAUCAGCUGAUGCCCACGCACCAGUCCGCCGCUCAAACUUUGCACGGGAAUGCAACGACAUCGAGUGAGACAUCAGUUGGUACAAACACAGCGACUGCUGCCACCCCUGGAACAAGCAAAGCGCCACCGCCAGCAGCCAAGUUCCGGCAUGGCCUCCUCCAGCUCAUGAUACAUACCAUCGAUCCGAUGCACGAUGGUGAGUUAGGUAAAGUAGAUGAGAAAGCCACCCAGCUACAUGCAAUAGCGUCGCUGAAAGUGCUUCUGGAAGCGACGAGGCCCACGGCGGGCGGUGCUGGGGCGGCGGCGGCGAAGAACGCAGCAGCAACCGCUCAAGCGAAAGAAACCCCGCUGGACCUGCCCAAUGGAGGCCUUGCGGAUGUACAGUUAGAUGCUAUAGAAGAGAUAGGAGACUUAGAAGAUGACACGACACCGCUAGACAUGUCGUGGCCGUCGGGUUUCCGGAAACGACUGACGUAUUUGUUGGUCGCGCCAAUUGUCUUCCCAUUAUGGAUCACCCUCCCGGACACAAGGACGCCGAGAGGGAAGAAGCUAUUCCCUAUAACAUUUAUAGGGUCGAUAGUAUGGAUAGCAUUUUUCUCCUACCUCAUGGUGUGGUGGGCGAACAUUGCGGGGGCGACGGCCUACGUGCCUCCCGAGGUGAUGGGGCUCACGCUCCUCGCUGCGGGGACUUCUGUGCCUGACCUGAUCACUUCGGUGAUAGUCGCCAGGAAGGGCUUCGGGGAUAUGGCUGUGUCGAGCUCAGUUGGAAGCAAUAUCUUCGAUGUCACUGUGGGGUUACCCCUCCCGUGGCUGUUGUAUGGACUGAUAUACGGUGCGCCAGUCCAGGUUAACUCCAAAGGCAUGGUGUGUAGCAUUGUGCUAUUGUUUGCUAUGCUGCUAUUCGUGAUCCUGAGCAUCGCGUGCUUCAGGUGGAAAAUGAAUAGAGGGCUGGGCUUCACAAUGUUCCUACUGUAUUUUGUCUUCGUCGCAGUGAGCCUGGGUCUGGAGUACGGGUACCUUCAUUGUCCGAGCGAGUAAAUAGUUGUAUAAAUGGCGGACUUAUGACAAAUGUAAUUAGAACGAUAGGUAGUGUAACAGUUUUUCAGAGUGUUUUGGUUUUAACAUAUUUGGGUUUGGCAAACAUUUAGUUGACAUUGAAAUCGUAUUAUGCAGGAUUUUUCAAACAACGAGGCUUUCAAUGAGAUAGAAAGAUCGAUAUCAACUAAAUAAUUGCCUCUUGAUCAAAUAUAGAUGUCUAUACCGUUUCGUACUCGAAGUGUUACGAUAAUCGUAGCUACGUAGACACUACGUAGCUCCGUUUGUGUUUGUCUACGAGGCUUGCUAAUAAUGAUGUCAUACCAAUAGUCAACUGAUCAGUAGCACAUACCAUCUUUGCUACGAAACUACGAACUACGCCUACGAAACGUAUAGGAUUCUAAGUUCUAGAGUUGUGUGCAUCUAUAGUUUUUUUUCUGCUUAAACGGUACAAAAUCGCCUUUUUAAAAAUGUACUUUUGUAUUUAGUUGAAUAUUUGAAAUUAAAAUGCUCAACGAGAAUCUAACAUGUUAGAAUAAUUGGUUCGAUAUCAUUGGGGUUUUGACGUAUUCUGAAAGGUAACCAAAAAAUAUUAAAUCAAUAAUAAAGAUAUCCAGUUAUUUUUUUUUUAUUGAAAUUUAAAAUUUUAACUGAUAUAAGUGGUGUAAACGGAUUUAUUCUCAACAGUUUAGUUAAUUUAAUUUAUUCAACAGACUUUCCUUACGGUGCCUCUCGGAAUAUGGUAAUCUUCUGUUUCUAAUAAAAAUAAAUUUGACUACAACAAGUCUCUAAAAAAAGGUUUAAAUUUAACCGAAUCCGAACUGGUUAAAAAAUCCUCGUUAUACUAAUGAGCUGAUAUUGAUGAAACUUAAACUGAAAUUUUAAACUCCCACCAUAUAUAUUAGAGGAGAAACUGAUAACUUCCUUUUUUUAAGUCAGUCAAAAAGCUGACACAUUACAUUGCUAUCAGGUCAAGUCUUAUCAAAUCUGAAUUACAGUACUAAGACUGUGUCUGUAUACUCCAUAUGAUUCCAAGAAUUAUAGAUCUUUACGCAAUUAUUUUUAUUAGAAAAAGUUAGAUGUAAUAUGUAGACUAGAAGAUGUAUUGCGUGCUUAAUAAGUUAGCUUUAAAUUAGUUCCAAAAUAAAGUUUACACUUUACGAUAUUAUGUUUAUUUAUUUUUGUAAAGAUUUUGUACCUUUGUAAAUCAACUGUUUGAUGUUUUAAUGUUGAAAUGUAUACAUACAUUUAUGUCAUACAUUUUCACUGUUUUGGAUUUAAUAUUAUACAAAGUAGGUGAAACAUUGUUUUGAAUGCACGGAAAUAGUUUGUAAAUACACUGUUUUGUAGAGAAGGGCGGGGCAAAUUGAACGACUCAAUAAAUUAUUAAUAUCACAAAAUAUCAGAACGUGCCUGCAUAUUGCAAACCAUAUAACUUAAAAAAUUCUUUGCUCCGCUUAGUGUUAUUAGCAAAUACGGUUUAUUAUUGGCUUGCGAUCUUCAAAAUCUAGAAACAUCUUGUAAACCGUCCGUAGAUUUCAAUCUCAAGGGCCUGUAUUCCUGAAUCGAUGAUAACUAGUUUUGUUGUCUUUAAUGAUUUUGACAGUUGUCAAAACUUGAAAUAGUUUUGGAAUAUGGGCAGUAGCUCAGUAGGGCUAAUAGUAUUAAAGCCCUAAGCCAGCCUUUAGGGCGACGUCUUAAUUGUUGAUGAAAUAACAGAUUUUAACGGUACAUUUUAUCGAUCAGUUGUUGACUUCCCAUCAAAUUUUAUAUUGACAACCCGCCUUGAAAUAGCAAUAAAUAGUAUAGCGUAGUUAGUAAUGUUUGUAUUGUUAAGCUUUAACAAUUCAAAAUCGCUCAACACGCAUUGCGUAUGAACUUUCCUUUACAUGAUUAUAUAAACCAAUUGGUAAAAGCGCACAAAAAUGCAUUUAAAAAAAACUUAUAUCGAAAAAUUACUUAUUUCUAAAAGUAUAAAAGCGAAACGGUCUUGCGUCUGAUCUCUUUACAAUAAUAAAACAACUAUCAAAAUACGCGUUAACUGUGUAAAAUUAUGACUAAGUAUCUGUGUUAUCAUUUAUCCGAUCAGAAAGCGUUACAGUAAAAGAUUAAAGAUGUAGAAAUAACCCCACUUUGGCCCGAUAUCCCUAAUAUGAACAAUGAGAUUGGCCGCCAUGACUCGCUUUCAGUAAUUUAAAGAGUUUGUUUAUAUAAUUUAAGAAACGAAAGUUUUUUCAGGUAAGAAGCGAACAAAUCGAAUAAGUAUUAACAUAUCUAAGUACCGGGACAAUCAGAUACAAUGAUAUUCUGUGAUAAGGAUAUGCGCUUAAUGACAUAUUAGUAAGUGAAUAAUUUGAGGCUCGUCUUUUUCACAAAAUACAUAGGAAUAUUGGAUUUAAUAUUAGCCUUCUGUAGUACGCUUAGCGGUGCCACUUCCGGUCAAACAGUUGUACAUUAAUUACCAUUCGUUUAGUCUUGAGAGAUGUUAUUAUCGAAUCAACUGUACGACCUCGUCGUGGCCAUUUCUAUAUAUUAUAUUAAGAUUUGAAUAACUUUUUCUCUCCAAACAUUUCAUAUGACGUUGAUAAUAUUAUAAAAACAACAUAGUGUUGUAGAGUGCUAAAUUUAAUUCUUGUCUUAUUAUGUAUACUGGUCGGCACCUACGCGUGUACGUUAAAUACAAAGCCUAAUUCCAAUGCGACACGAUUGUAAGCUACUCUAAAUAUAUUCUAGCGAAUUUUAUCUAUCUCUUUAUAUAAAUAUUGAUUAGAAUCUGUAAAAUAAUAUCCUUCCAUUAAAACCUUAUUUCUAGUUAACAUAAGAUCAGAAACUAAAGGGUUCAAGCCAUUAAUCACGGUACAUCGCCAUAGUAAACGCAUCACUGUUAGCCAACGUUCAUACUGCAUUUGUUCAAUUUUGAAUAGUGGGGCGAGUGUUAUAUUUUACAGCUGAUUUAAAAUUCAAAUAUGGCCAAUUGUUAAAGCAAAUGGCGGUGUUUGAAAUUACAACGAUUAAUUUGAAGAAUACACGCUCACUCCGCAAGCACGGGCAAAGCUAGUGCCCAUUAUGUCUCAGAUUUGUUACAACUAGAAUCUUUACAAUUUGACAGUAUGUAGCCAUUUGAUACCUAUUACGAAUAACAAAUUAACCCUUUUACGUAGUGUAAGACUAGGCUUAAAGCUAAAUUAAAUUUAAACAUGUUAUCUACCUUACAGAAAUUGAGGUACAAUAUUGAUAUUCAAGUAGAAUUGUUACUAGAGUGAUGAUUUUUAUAUAAAAAUACGAAAUGGAAACGGUUAUUUACCGUUUAAUUUUUCUCGACACAGUUCACUGUCUCGUAUCUUGAUUACUUGCCUAAUUGACAUAGUACAUUCAAAUAAGCUUUAAAUGUGUGUCGAAAGAAAUUAUACGGCUAGAUUUUUUUCUGAGCUGCCGCAUCUCGAUUCGAGUUAAUUCACGUAAUCAGUUAUUGUACUGAAUACACGUAGUACAAUUUGUAGAUUCUGAUCUAUUAUUAUAUUUUUAAUAACUAGAAUUUUUGAAACAGCUAAAAGUCUACAAACUUAUCGAAUCCAUCUUAGUCCAUAGUAGUUGUCUCUGGUACGCGUAAUUUGAUUUAUCAUGUAAGCAAUGUCUGACAGAGAUAACGCUAUACAAGACUGAAACCUCUCCCUUUAAAAUUUCGAUGUUUAAUAUUAAUCACUGAUUAUGAGCCAGUGUUCACUACCUAAUUAGCUCUGAGCUAAACUCCGGGUCAGAAGGGUGAAGUAUUUUCAUCGUACUUCGACUUGAUCUCGCUUCAGAUAGACCAAUCAAGAUCUAUACUAGAAAUGGUUAUGAGGAUGUAAAACAAAAAAAUAACAUAGCGUUUGAUUAUGAUUGGACCUGCUUGUCCCAUGACGUAUCUAUGAGUGAGACUACACUGUUGACCAAUGAUAAUCAAACAGCUGAUCAGCAUAGUUUUGCUGCAUUCUCUGAUAAGUUUGUAGCUCCGUUCGACUUGUCUUUUGCCUCGAAGUCGGGAUGACAGCGUAGAUCGUUAAUAGUGAUAUUAUAACUUAAGUAAAAACUAAAAAAAUGUUAUUGAUUUUAAAAGUAGAUAAGAAAUAGGUUUUCAACAGGACUGUUGUGGUCUACUGGGCUCUUGAUGGACUUGUUUUGGUACGUUAGUGAAUUUGGAAUAUUUUAACAGUAUUAUAUUUUAAAUGUAACGUUGUAUAUUGUGAUGGGUUAGAAAAUGAUACAAAAAUAAACAUAAAAAUAUUGGUGUAUUUCGACUUCAUUAUUAGCUAGAGCAAGCCAAAAACGACUUUACAGUUCUGCUAAAAAACCUGAAGAUUUGACACAUUGAAGAAUAACUGUACCAUUUUCUAAUGAACCAUUGAAUUUAUAUAAACUAACACGUUAGUCAAGACCAAUUUACAAGAUUUUUUUAAUAACAUGUAGUUACAUUCAAUUAACCUAUAAUCAUUAAAUGAGUAUUCAAAUUAUUUCACAUUGGUAAUAAAAUGAGGGUGUAUAAGCGCCAAACGUUGAUACAGCCAAAAAACAUAUUAUGAAAUUCAUUGCGCUGUAAUUGGUACUUCGGGACUUAACACGCUCAUAUUAUUCACCAAUUAUUGAAUUAAAAUUCUUAAUCGUUAUCCUUAUCAAAGCUUCUAUUAAUUGUUAUUGAUUGAUAGUAAUUAAAAUAUGUUUAAUCAUCCUGAAUCGUAGUAAAAUUGGUUUGUACUUAGUAUUUUUAAUAAAAUUGUUUGUGUACGCAAGAGCAUUGCAGUGAGCGUCGUGUGGCGGUAUAAUGAAAAAUUACAA